AUGGCUCCGUACUUUUUCAUCGCUACUGCCGGCGUCCUCAGCCAUGUCCUUUACUUUCGACGCGGCGAGCAUCACCUCUACAGCCAUAUCUAUCUCGCCCUCUUUGUCGUUUCCACCACCGUCGCCAACGUAUUUUUCCACUACAGCUAUAUCCUGGUCUACCUUGCCAGCAUUUAUACCAGCAUUCUAGUAUACCGUCUCCUCCGCCAUCCCCUGCACUCCUUCCCCGGCCCCCUCCUCGCCCGCGUAUCAAGUCUCUGGUUCAUCUCCCCAAAUCGCAAAGCACAUCUCACCCUCCAGGCCUUACACAACCAAUAUGGCCCAAUCGUACGCACCGGCCCCUCAGACCUCUCCAUCAUCUACCCGUCCGCCGUCCCAGCCAUCUAUGGCUCCCAAUCCCCCUGCACAAAAUCCUCCUGGUACGACCUAGCCUACCCUUCUCGCCCUCUGCAACACUGCCGCGACAUCAAAGAGCACAACGCCCGCCGCAGGACCUGGAGUCCCGCCUUCAGCGACAAGAUGGUCCGUGGCUAUGAGCAACGCAUCAAGACCUACCAGCAGCAGCUCAUCGCCCAGCUAACCACGUUACAAACCGUCGACGUACGCAAAUGGAUCUACCUAUACAGCUUUGAUGUCAUGGGCGACCUCUCCUUCGGCCGCGGGUUCGACUGCCUCACCACCAGCCACGAACACCCAGCCAUCACCCUCCUAAACGCAUCAAUGAACCAAGUCGGCCUGUUCUUCCCCCCGUGGCUGCACCUCAUCCUGCUCCGAAUCCCUGGAAUUGCCCGGGACUGGUGGCGCUUCCUAACCUUCUGCAGCGAGAGAUUGCAGUCGCGCAUGCGCAUGGACGUGCAGAUCCCGGACAUCAGCGCCUCGCUGCUCGCCCCGCUGAAAGGGCGGGAGCCGACCCCAGCUGAGAAACUGAUGCUGGACGGCGACGCGCGGCUGAUCGUCGUGGCGGGCAGCGAUACCACUGCCGUGACGCUUUGUGCGACUCUCUACGAGCUCGCCCGGCAUCCGGAGGAGAUGCGCAGACUGCGGGAGGAGGUUGCGCCGUUUGUUGAUGGCACGGGGGAGGUGCGCGGGGCUGAGAUUGCGCUUUUGGAGCAUCUCAACGGGGUGAUUAAUGAGGCGCUGAGGAUGUAUCCGGCUGUUCCCGGGGCUUUGUGGCGGAAGACGCCCGCGGAGGGAAUUUGGGUGGAGGGGGUGCAUAUCCCCGGGGAGAUGACGGUGUAUUGUCCGCAGUAUGCGAUGGGAAGAUCUGAGCUAUGCUAUGCGCGGCCGGACGAGUUUAUCCCUGAGAGAUGGUACAAGUACCCGCAUCUGAUCAAGGAUCGGUCGGCCUUUACGCCGUUUACCCUGGGUCCGUAUAACUGUAUCGGCCGACCACUGGCGUUGCUGAAUCUGCGCACUACAAUCACCAAUCUGAUCACGACCUUCGAUGUGGGAUUUGCCCCGGGGGAGGAUGGGCAGGCAUUCUUGCAGCAGGCGCAGGACAACUUUGUGCUGUACAUGGGGCCGUUGCAUUUGACUUUUACCCGGAGGAAGUGA